AUGAUGGAACAAUAUGAUGACAACGAGGGAGAGGAGGAGGAGGAGGAGGAGGAAGCACGAAACGAUCAGCAUGGGUCCUACCGGGAGGACCACCAACCACUUCCAUACAACAAUCUCCCUCAGCCCCACUACAGGGACCCUGGUGCUCCUCAGCACUACCAACCCCUUCCAUAUUACCCUCAGCCAGACCACGACCCCAUUCCUCAACAUUAUCAACCCCUUCCCUAUUACCCUCUGCCACAAAUGCAGUAUGAUUAUCUGCCGCCUUCCAGUCCCCCUCAUGACCCGCGCUUUCACAACCAACUUAGUGUGCCAUCAUCCAGCCAGCAACCUGCUCCCCCCCCCCCCCCCCCAUCACCAGACACGUACGACUAUCUACCAAAUGUACCAAUGUUUGAAGAUCUUGUACCUCCCGGAAUCCAGGAACUCGAGCACACUACACGCUCAAGGUUCAGAGGUCUCGAUCGAAUGCGAGGAGAACACCUCGAGCGCCAACGGGCUCGUUGUGCAGCCCAAGUAGGCACCAAUGUUCCCGGAAUCCGCACCGUAUUCAUAUACAAUCCACGCUGCCAUCCAGCAGAGAGCCAACGAGGGCAACUCAUUACAACUGGCGUCAUCAGGCCUACAAGCGAAGUAUCUGUUACAGCGCCGAUUCCAUCCCGACGACAACUACUGGCACCCAUUACACCAUCCAGCCCUCAGCCUAAUGCUGAUCCUGGACUCCGGCAGCUGAAGGAUAAAGAGCUGAAAGAUGUGAAGAAGGAGGCGAAACAGGUGAUGCGCAGAAAGGUGCUCCUUGAGAAUGCAAUGCUCACGACGGAACACAAUACUGAAAUGGCCAAGGAAGCAUUUUUGGAGGCAGUGGGACGUGUAGUAUCGGGCGGAUCACAACGACCAGACACAAGAUCGUUGACUGACCAUAGAGAGACUACUGUUGCCCUGCUUCUCAUCAACCACCGCUAUCUCUUUAAAGAUCCUACAAUCAUGUCCCCUGUCAACCACCCCACCGUCAUCGAGACGAUCUGUAAUUCCCUCUGGACCACUCAUCUUCAUGAAGCGCUCGACUUCGAUGAGCUCGACAAGUUCGACAACCUAUUCUCAAUCGGGGGCACUGCGGUCCAUAACACUCUACUAGAGUUCCAAGAUGGUGUAUAUAAGUCAGUACAAUUUUCACCAGCAUCUUUGUCGGCAACGGAGUACAAAGCAAUUCAGACCCACAAUAUGAUCGUCCGCGACACACCUACACUGCAUGCUGCUUCGUUGUCUGUAAAGCAGAACAUGAUUGCUCUGGGGACGGCUUUGCGUGCAUGUUGA